AACUUACCGACAUUUCCCAAAUUGCCUGCUGUCACUUGCUCACUUGUUGUGUGCCGCAACAUAACCUAAAAGUGUAGGUUGAAUUUUGGAAAAAUGUUCAAAAAAUUUGACGAAAGAGAAAGCAUCUCCGGGGUACUACAACUGAAAUCUUCAGUACAAAAAGGGAUUCGUUCGAAGCUGGUGGAUUCUUACCCCCAUUUAGAAGGCUUUAUUGAUAACAUUUUACCCAAAAAAGAUGCCUUACGUAUAGUAAAAUGCCAUGAUCACAUCGAAAUUAUAGUCAACUCUGUGGGAGAAUUGCUGUUUUUCCGGCAUAGAGAGGGACAAUGGAUGCCGACGUUGAGAUUAUUUCACAAAUAUCCUUUCUUCUUGCCAAUGCAGCAAGUCGAUAAAGGAGCCAUUAGGUUUGUUCUCAGUGGUGCCAAUAUUAUGUGCCCAGGUUUAACUUCGCCAGGAGCCAAAAUGACAGAAGUCCCCAAAGAUACAGUAGUGGCUAUAAUGGCGGAAGGGAAACAACACGCACUAGCUAUAGGAAAAACGACUUUAUCCACUGAAGACAUAGCGAAAAUCAAUAAGGGUAUAGGUGUUGAAAAUUGUCACUAUUUAAAUGAUGGAUUAUGGCAAAUGAAACCUGUAAAGUGAGCCAGUUGUUGAAUACAUUUGUUUUGUAUUUAUUCUGCACGACAAUGAAUAAAUCUUUUUAAAAAUG